AUGUAUGCUGGCGCACUAGGAGACAACGCAGUCGAGCGAUAUGCGAUGUUCUUGACUUCGCUCGAACUUAUCGCAGACAUCAACGAACGUCGAUUAGCAUUGACUCCGUGGACAACGUCCGAGGAUGGAAUACAUAAUACUGCGCUGGAACAGGUGACCGUCAUUUUGCGGUACUUCCUAGGUGCCGGGAGUGUUUUGCUUGCAAAGAUCCUUGUGGAGAUGCUUCCGCGUGAACUCUCCUUCAUCGACCAGCCUGAGCAACGAGCCAAAGAUUACCUUCACUACAGGCAAUUCUUUAUUAUCCAGGACAGUCUUGACCGUGUCGUGGAGUGCCAGAGCCUAGAGGUAUCGAUAAUGAACCGGAACACCAGGGCUGCUUGGUUAAUUGACCAGGCUUACGAUACAGUCGUGAAACUGCUCACUUCGGACUGGAUGCAGAGAAUAUGAAGCGCGCAUUGGAGCUUGC